AUGUCUUCUGAUCCUAAUUCGCCUUUACAAUCUCAAAAUUCCUCUAAUAAUCAAAAUGCAACCUUACCCACUAAAAAAAAUAAAAAAACUGUUCGUAAAAUAAAAACAAAACGCACUACUAAUGUAGUUCGUAAUAGUUUUGUUCAUUUUUUUUAUGUAGAAGAUUUUGAUUUACAAACUGCUCAAUGUAAAAUCUGUAUCGAAAAGUUCAAAGAUACAGAUACUGAAGCUUAUAUUUAUCAAACACAUGGUUCCACUACUAAUUUGCGCAAUCACUUAAAAGAACAUGGAAUUAAUGAACUGAAUUAUAAAAAUUUUCGAAGGUUUGCUCCAACUGGUGAUAAUACAAUAGAAAGCUAUAUAGACUUAAUAUACGGCCCAAUUUCAUCUGAAGAUACUGAUGAAACCAAUGAUAUUAAUAGCAGUACAGAUAAUAAUGCUGAGGAUUCAGCAUCUAAAAAAUUUCAAGCUGCAAUUUACCUUUCUCUUGAUAAAUUAUGGAAUGUUCUAGAUGAAGUAGCACUUUUAGCUACAAUUUUGGAUCCUUGUCUUAAAGGUGAAUGUAUUAAUAUUCAAGAAAAACUUCAAAUUAAAUAUGAAGAAUUAAGUUGUAACUUAAAUGCAUCUUCAUUAACACAAGUUUCUAGUCAAGAAAUAAUUCAGGUUGAAAAAGAUAAAGUCACACAAUAUAUAAACUUUCCAGAGGCAUUAGAAAAUGAUAGUCCACUAACUUGGUAG